GUUUGGACCUUAUGAGUCUUACGACUCCGGGUCUUCUCUGGGUGGGCGAGAUCUGUACAGAUCUGGCUAUGGUUAUAAUGAACCCGAACAAAGCCGCUUCGGAGGUAGUUAUGGUGGUCGAUUUGACAACUCCUACCGGAAUAGCCUUGACUCUUUCGGAGGUAGAAACCAGGGCGGGUCUAGCUGGGAAGCACCUUACUCCCGUUCAAAAUUGAGGCCUGGGUUUAUGGAGGACAGAGGAAGAGAGAGUUACUCUUCCUACAGCAGUUUUUCUUCACCCCAUAUGAAGCCUGCACCUGUAGGCUCUCGGGGGAGAGGAACGCCUGCUUAUCCUGAAAGUGGAUUUGGAAGCAGAAACUAUGAUGCUUUUGGAGGACCAUCAACAGGCAGAGGCCGAGGCCGAGGACAUAUGGGAGACUUUGGAGGAAUGCACAGACCUGGAAUUGUUGUUGACUAUCAUAACAAACCCAGUCCUGCAGCAGUUGCUGCAAGAGGAAUAAAAAGAAAAAUGAUGCCACAGCCCUAUAACAAACCUGGUGGGACAUUUAUCAAGAAACCCAAAAUGACAAAACCCAUUUUGAAGCUGAGCCAGAAAAAAUCACCUAACAUGAAGACGUCUUUCCAGGAUUCUACUAUAGAGGAAAUUGAAGUGGACACAAGUGGUGCAGUUGUUAUAUAUGAAGACUUCACAAGAGAUGCUUAUGAUCUUGGAUAUCAGACUUUUGGAGAUGGUAAAGGAGAAGUUAAAAGUGAAGAAGAAGAAAAGCGGCGAAUUGAGGCCAGAAGAGAGAAGCAAAGGCGUAGAAGGGAAAAAAACAGUGAAAAAUAUGGUGAUGGAUACAGAAUGGCAUUUACUUGCUCAUUUUGUAAAUUUCGAACAUUUGAAGAAAAAGAAAUUGAGUCCCAUCUGGAGAGUGCAGCUCACCAGGAAACAUUGGAUCAUAUCCAGAAGCAAACCAAAUUUGACAAAGUAGUGAUGGAGUUUCUUCAUGAGUGUAUGGUGAAUAAAUUCAAGAAGACGGCUAUGCGUAAGCAACAGACAAGCAACCAAACAGAAAAUGCUCAAGCUGCUGAAAAAGAUAUAAUGGAAGGGGUUACUGCUGAUGACCAUAUGAUGAAAGUUGAGACUGUUCACUGCAGUGCCUGCAGCGUGUAUGUUCCUGCACUACAUAGUUCUGUUCAGCAGCACUUAAAAUCUCCUGAUCACACAAAAGGAAAACAAGCCUACAGAGAACAAAUAAAAAGGGAGAGUGUUCUUACUGCCACCAGUAUUUUGAAUAAUCCUAUAGUGAAGGCACGAUAUGAGCUGUAUGUGAAGGGUGAAAAUCCUUUUGAAAUUAAUGAUCAGGCUCAGGAGCAGCAGACAGAAGAGGAGGACAAAGCUGAUGAGCCAGCUGAGGGUGAAGAAGAGGAGGAAGAGGAGGAAGAAGAAACUGAAGAACAAACUGACUUCACUUUAGACCACACCGAAGAUAACUAAGUGCAACAAAAUGAAAAUGUAUUGGGGGGGGGCAAAACAGCUUUUUAUUUCUGCUCUAAAGUGGCUAAGACUCUUUAAUAGUCUCAAAUGAAGUUGUUGAAGAUUCCCCACCGUAUGCAUGCAUUCCAUUCCGUGGAGAACUUGUUUAUAUAAUUCCUCUGUGUUUCUGAUUUUGUUUAAAAUGAAAUUAAGACUAUUUUAGUUGAGCUUUUUAUAGCAAACUGACUGUUAAAGCUGAUUAAAACAUUGUGUUGUAUAUUUUUUUAAGCAUCCUAUUUUUUUGAUGUGUGUAUUGAAAGUUGGAUAUAAUAAUUUUUGGUCUAAUCAGUUGAAAAGAAAGGCAGGUCUGUGGGGUAAAUAUAUUAAAUGCUCUAUAGCAUAAGCUUAUAUUUACCUCUUAGUACAGAAUGAGUAACUUCAAAAGUUGUGCUGUUGAGUGUGGCUGUUUUGGGGACUGCAUUGCACUCUGUAUAAUAGAGUAUGUGUUAUAAUAUGCCUUGUAGCUUUUUGUGAUAAGAUGUACCAGUUUGUAGCAAUAAAACACUUAAGAAAUG